UUGCUGCGGCCUCCCGAGCAACGUCGCGACAACGCUCUUCGCGGGUGUUCAUUCGCGUGUCAGACGUGGUUGAGGCAACACUCACGUGGCCAGAUCUCCCGCGCCCGUUGUGCCUUCUCCUUGCUUUUCGCAUCACAGGUGGUGAAACUGUUCGCCAAUCUCGAGAGAAGAGGAACGUCGAAGAACAGGGGGGGAGGGAAAGAGCAGUCAGCGACCGCCUGUGCCGCUUGUUUUCGAGGAGGACGGAAACGGAACUCGAAAAAGUAACGAAAAGUGUCGCCAAGUUUCUUUCUGGUGAAAGAGGAUGACUCGUAUGCUUCUGCAAGAACCCGGAUGGAAGAUGGAGCGCAAGGGAUCGGCGUUGCUGUUGAGGAGGGACAGCUCGCAUCUGAAGAGCGGCCGCGUCUGUUUCCGGUGCGACGUCGAGGUCCGUGAAUUCGAGCGUGACGAGGAUUACACGAUCGAGGCGGAACCGGAGGCAGCUGCCAGUCCCUUGGCAAUGUGUGCCAGUUGUUUGGCGGCUCUCUGCGUGACCGUGAUUCUACCGUGGCUGUUGAUCGGCGGUUAAACACGCCUCGCUCAAACUCACUCAUCUUUGGGGAGGGGGUGGUGGUUGCGUAAACCUCUGGGAAAACGGAAGUCAUCCGAAGGAUCAUUGAAAGGAAAAGUCGAAGAGAAUUUUCUCUCGCUCCUUCGAGCAUGGAAAAUUCGAAGAGGAAUCGAUUUCGAGUUCCUCGAUUCGAGAUUUUUCUUUUUUUCCUCGCAGGAGAGGAUUCGAAAAUGGAUAUAGUUCCUGAAACUAGUAGGUAGAGUUUCGUUCCCGAUUUGCAAAAAUAAGUCCCCAAAAUCUUACGAUCGUAGGAAAUUUUUGAAAUUUUCUCUUUCUUCGAAGAAAAAAAUCCAAAUAUAAACUUUCUUUUCUUAUUUGCGCACGGCGUGUGUAGGUGUGUGUUGUCUCACUCUCUCGAAUCGUUAUAUGUUUCUCAUUCGUUCCCUCAUCCUUUGAACAAAUUUUCAAUCUUUGUUAAGCCUUUCUAACACGUAUGUAUCGAUUAUCGAUCCUCGAGAGACGGAAGAAAAAUUCCUAAGGAGUUUUUUCCAAAGGAGAAAUAUUUUUCAAACGAUGAACCGAUUACGAUUUCGUUCCUUAAAAAGACAAGCUUUAUUGCUUUAUAUUUAUUCGCUGAUCCGCGUCGUUUGCUUCAAAUGCCUCCGUUCCACGUAGAUACACACACACACACGUACACACACACGUUUCUAGGAAGAAACGACGAUGGACUCGUGUGUGAUUCGAGCAGAUCCGCGAAAAUCGAAGGGAAAAUCGCUCUUUCGUGGACUUUCUGCAUAGAUAUGUGAAAUUGGGGAGGGGGGGAAAAACAUCAAAGGAAAACGAACGAUCCUUACCGCGUUCCACGAUAUCAAAUCUUUUUUCGAGCCUUUGGAACGGAGGCGAUCCCGUGCCAAACGAGAGCAGCAUUCAAGAUAUUCGUGGAAAUUUGAAAACGUAUCCGUGACUCGCUUAUUUUGCACAUCUCUCCACACACAUACAUACAUACAUACACACGCUCUUUUGCAAAUGUUGCAACAAUAGAUAGCUAGCUCGUUAGAUUAAACGUUUGUGAAUUUCUUCUCUAUAAUGGAAUCAUCGCAUUCGUGAAAUAUAUAAUAUAGGGUGGAACGAAGAUCUCUUUUUAUUAUCUUAAUAACAUUUAAAUUCUAAAUUCUUAUAAAUAAAUUUUCAAGAGCAGAGAUAAUAAUAUUUCUUCCUACGGGAUAAUUUUUAUUGAAGGAGUAUGGGGAAAGUUUUAUGUCUUGUUAAAAAAAAAAAUGAUCAACAUCAUUUUUUUCGUUCCACUCGACGAUAAUAAUAAUUUCGAAACCCUCUUCGAAACCAUUCCCAUCUAUGCUAGUUUUACAUUUGACCGGUUUCCGGCACGAUUCCGGAAUGUCUCCGUUCAAUUCUCUCUCUCGACCAGUUACAUAUUUUUUUCACGGCACGGAAGCCGCCGGUUGGAAAGUUGGGAAGUUUUCUUGGGCGUGAAGUCGGCAAAUGGAAAAGUUUGGGAUCGGUGGCGAAUCGAGAAAUCGGGCCAACUUUUUCGAGGGUUACGAGGCCGAUCGAGUGUUAGGCUCCGUUGAAAAUGCGGGGGAGGAUUAAACGAAUUCGACCUCUUCAUCAUUCACUGCUCGUGAAUCUUUACAAAUGUGACAAUAUUAAUUUCGAAUAUGGAAACGAAUAUAGAAGUUGUACCAGUUGACGAGGCGAAAAAUUUGAAAGUGACGAAAGAUCCGGUUUUUGGAUGCCUCGAUUAAUCGAAAUCGCGGAAUGCCUGUUAUUCGUGACAAAUUUACGCGGCGAGUUUCGAAUUCUGGUAUAGUAUGCUUGCCUAGCGUCUUCGAUAAAUCAUCUGCUCUGGUACGCGUGCGGAAUUUUCGCUAGUUUAAAAUAGGAAGAGAAAAAGAGAGGAUGGAAGAGAAUGCGUGAGAGAAAUAGAGGAAAGAUUUCUAAACGUAUAUAUAUAUAUAUAUAAAACGAUGAUUGAUCUUGCGAUCUGUGUAAAUGAGAUAUAUUUGGAAAGAGUAUUUUACGAGGAUAGGUAAUUAAGGAUCUUAUUAAACGAUUCCAAUCGAUCAAUGUAAAAUAUUAUUUGUUUAUAUUUCUAAUAAAAUACCGAACAUGUUGUGCGACGAUGA